AUGUCUACUGAAAUUCGUACUUUGGAGGAUAAUUCUACUUGGACUCUUGAGACAAUUCCCCCAGUAAAAAACUCAUUGGUUGUAAAUGGGUUUUCAAAACUAAGAUCAAAGUCGAUGACUCCAUUGAUAGGUUUCCAUCAGUUUCAGGCCGAUCAUUCUUUAUUUACUCUUGUCAACUCCACUAGCAUUACCCUUGUUCUUAUUUAUGUUGAAUAUAUACUAGUUGCUGGUAACGAUACCUCUCAGAUCGAGUUUUUUAAAGGACUCAUCUCCACCCAUUUCAAAACUAAAGACCUUGGUUCUUUAAAAUAUUUUCUCAGACUUGAAGUUACUCGCUUUCACAAUGGCAUCUUCCUUAAUCAGCACAAAUAUGCUCUUGAUGUUCUUUCCGACAGUGGACAACUCUGUGCCCACACUGCUCAUUUUCCUAUGGAACAACACUUGAAACUCAGCACCGAAGACGAUGAUUUCCUCCCUGAUCCCUGCCCUUACAGACGCUUAGUUGGCCGACUCAUCUAUUUGACUAUCACCCGAGCUGACAUCGUCUAUGCAAUCAAUACUUUCAGUCAGUUCAUGUAUGCUCCUCGAGUUCCUCACAUGGCUGCUGCUACUCGUGUUCUCUGCUACAUCAAAAGCGGCCCAGGCCAAAGCAUCUUCUUCCCUUCCUCUAGAUGUAUGCAUGUCACGGCAUACACUAAUUCUGAUUGGGCCAGCUGCCCCAUCAUCCAUUGUUCCACCAUCGGAUACUUAAUUCAGUUAGGGACCAAUCCAAUCUCAUGGCGUACAAAGAAACAGACUACAGUAGUAAGGUCUUCUGCCGAUGCAGAAUAUUGA